AUGGAAGAAGAAUUGGCGCCCGCUCGACCAGUUCGAAGAUCAACGGGAGUCAAAGUGAUCAAGCAAUUGGAAAAUGAACUCCCCAAUUCCGCUCGCAACUUUUUCCUCAGAGAAAAAGCAUUGGAAUUACAACGAAAUGGAUGGAGCUCAAGUGGAGAACCAUUGCAGCUGGACAUCAACUCUCACGUCCUACAGAAACUGACGGCAGAACAUAGGAACGACUACAGUAGCCUGAUGAAGGAAUUCACUUUGAGGUCAUCAAAAAGCGCCUUAGUACAAAUGCGGGAUCGCAGAGAACAAGGACUCGUAAGUGCUCACGCACCUAUGGAGACCACUGAGGACUACAACAAGGAUGCGUUUUAUGAUGAACUCCCUGCAGUGAUAUCCAAGACACCAUGUCAGCAGGCGGCUAUUAUCGGAAUCGACGCGAACGCGAAGAUGGGACUCGAACAACAAUCCUAUGUGCUAGAGAAGUGGUAUUGUGCCGGUGAGCAAACGUCGAACAACGGUCUGGUAGAUUUCUGUGAGGAGAUAAAUCUCAUCAUUGCUUCCACACUUAAGAGGAGUCAGACUACGUUUCGAAAGGAUAAUACUCCCUUGUCGGAUAUCCAAAAAUCUUCAGACGAAGUGCUUGUGGUCGACCCUCGUCGCCAACGAAGUCAAGCUGCUAAUCUACCUAUCCGCAGUUCGCCUUAUCAUGAUGUACAGAUCGGUGACUUGUGCCGCAUCAGCAACGAUGGUGGAGAAAUGGGUCGACUGCGAGAUGUAAAGGAAGCUGUUUAA